CGGAGAUGGACUGAAAACAUGAUGAGAAGACGGUGGAGGAGGGCUGGGAAAGCCCCCCUGCUGGGAAACCCCCCAGAGAGCAGAGAGAAGGGGGCGGAGAAGCUGGGUCACCACGAGGCCACUGCUAUUUAAACUGCUUCCCCAACGGACAGAAGGCAGAGGGAACAAGUAUGAAGCUUAGCCUUGCCGUCCUGCUGACCCUAGGGCUCCUCCAGCCGAGCUGUGGCAGCAGCGUCCUCUCUGUGAGCAGCGCCAAGCUGUCAGACGCAGGCACACGUGUGUGCGUGGGCACCUGUGGGAAUCAAAAUUUCCAGCACCGGGUUGAGAUCCUUGUGUAUGCCUUCCCGAAUGAGCUGGUGACGUUGCCUGCGUCCCUGGUACCUGGACAGGACCAAGAAGUGUCCUGCACGGCCCAUAAUGUCUCGCAUACAGACCCAGACAUGCUCUCCUUUGCCCUGCUCCUGGGGGAUCAGGAACUGGAGGGUGUCCAAGCCCUGGAGCCAGAGCAAGAGGAGGAGAUCCAGGAGGCUGAGGAGGACCCAUUGUUCCAAGUCACACAACGCUGGCUCUUGCCCAUCCUGGAGACCCCUGCCCCACGUACCCUCCACUGCCAAGUUACUAUGCAGCUACCCGGCCUGCAGCUGACCCACCGCAAGGCUCUUCCAGUCUUGCAGAGUCAGACCUCCCUGAAGCCCCAGAGCCCAACGUCUUCAGAUCCCCCCGAAGCUGUCUCCACAGAAGCCCUGGACAUCCCCACGUUGCUGACCACACCCCAACAGGACUCCACGCUCAGUGCCAAGGCUCUGAGCUCCACUGGGACUUGCCGCCCAGAGAUUCACCAGGAGAGGAAGACCACCUGGGAGCUAGUGUGUGAGGCGCGCUGUGGCCCUGGAGUGGCUGUUCACUGGACUGUGGCCCCAGGGGGCCUGGAGGCUUACAAGAAGAGGGAAGCUGGGGCCCAGGCAUGGCUGAGUGUGUCACCCUCCAGUUCUAUCCCCAAGGGUUGGUUCCAAUGCCGCCUGGACCCUGGAGGGCAAAUGACCAGUCUGUAUGUGCCCGGCCAAGUGUUCCCAAAAUCCCCUUCAGCCCCUGAGAUGGUUGGGCCGCCUGUUGCCCUGUGGAUUGGCAGCUUGGUGCUGGGGCUGCUCGUGUUGGGGUUCCUCGUCUACUCCCUGUGGAAACGCUGCCGACCAUCAACCUAGGACCUGUCUGCAAACCCACCCUUCCUGACUGCUCGGCCUCCCACCACCCUUGCAGAAAAGAAUAAAGGCUGUGUGUCUGUC